GAUAGAUAGAUAGAUAGAUAGAUAGAUAGAUAGAUAGAUAGAUAGAUAGAUAGAUAGAUAGAUAGAUAGAUGGAUAGAUAGAUAGAUAGAUAGAUAGACAACACCUCAUCCAGGCUUGCUGACAUAUUUGUGGCCAUUUCUCUGUCAGCGAUUUUGUGUCUCUGAUGUCCUCGUUCUUGACCCCGCCCACAAAGUUCUGAUAAGCUUAGUUGUUUCUCUGGUUUUUUUUUCAUCUUUAUUCAUCCCCAUUGAGAAACUUCAAAUUCGACACAGCAGCACAAGGGGAAUUAGAAAUUCAAAAUAAAGAUAAAUAAGAUAAAUUAGAAAUACUAUAUACAAUAACACUAUACGAUGUAAUGUUGGCUGUCCUGUACAAUAAUGCGGUUUUGGGCUGGGCUUUGAUCAGGGCUGCAGCUAACCUUAUGUUUUAUCCUUAUGUUCUUAUUUCCCACUAUUGCUACUGAUAAUAUUAAUACAAACAAUAUAAAAAAAUAUAAUAUAAAAAAUUAUUCAAAAAAUCUCCACUACUAUUCAGAGAUGGGAGAGAGAACAAGAAAAGCUUGUUUCCAAGUUUGUCAUCUUCUAAUACAAAAAACAAUGUAAUCUGGUUUGAUUGAGUUUAAACAGGGAAGAGCUGCUUCCUUCAACUUGUCCUGGCUACGAGCCAAAGCUUUUAUUUUGAAGGGGAUAUUUUUAAAUAUGAGGAUGUUUAAUUUCCAAUUUAAUGUCCCAAAUAAAUGAAUUUAACGUAAUGAAAUAAAAUGAGGCAGGACCACUCUGCUCGUUGUUUCCGGUCACAAGUCACUGCUCAGGUGAAUAUCUCCAGUACCUCCAUGUGGAAGUGAAACAUCUCUCCACCGUCAACCCGUGAGUCCAGGAGGUUUCCCUCUCUCCUCUCCUCCCGCCUCCUCCUCCUCCUCUCCAGCCACUGUUGACGUCCAUGGCUCUGUCACCCGCAUCACCGGUUUCCACGCUGUUCUCUGGUCCAGUCAUGUAGCCACUGUGGCUCUUGUCUUUUAAUUCACCCUGUGUUCACGUCCUCCCUCUGUCUGUCUGCGCCUUCGCUCUCUGACUUUUUUUUUUCCUGUAGUUCAUCACUCGUCCUUUUCUGUCGGACACUCUUUGUUUUUCGCGCUUUUUCCGACGCUUUUGGGGAGUUUUCGCGCGUCCUGAACAUCCGAGCAAACCGCCUCUGGCUGCACCACCUGGACCCGCCGUUCAUUUCCCAAUUCAAUCACCUGCGCGGUCAUUCCUCACCGUGGUGACUCCUAAUUGUUUCCUGGCGCGGUUGGAAACCACCGGGGAGAAGGCUCAUAUGAGUGCGCCUCCGCUGAUCCGUGCGCCCAGCCCGCUCCCGUUCUCAGGGGGGACCAAUAACACCAACACCGGUGCCGGGGGAGGAGGAGGAGGAGGAGGAGGAGGAGGAGGAGGUGGAGGAGGUGGAGGAGGUGGCGGCGGCGGAGGAGGAGGAGGAGGAGGUGGCGGUGUGAUCUCCUUCCACAUCCAGAUAGGUCUGAGCCGGGAGCCGGUGCUGCUGGACGCCGCAGAGCUCAGCCUCAGUCAGGUCCGGGAGGUGGCGUGUUCCAUCGUGGACCAGAAGUUACCAGAGUGCGGCUUCUACGGGAUGUACGAGAAGAUCCUGCUGUUUCGCCAUGACCACACGUCGGAGAACGUGCUGCAGCUGCUGCGUUCCGCCUCUCAGAUCCAGGAGGGAGACCUGGUGGAGGCCGUGCUGUCAGCGUCGGCCACAGUGGAAGACUUCCAGAUCCGUCCGCACUGUCUGUUCGUCCACUCGUACCGAGCUCCGGCCUUCUGCGACCACUGUGGAGAGAUGCUGUGGGGGCUCGUACGACAGGGGCUCAAAUGUGAAGGCUGUGGCCUCAACUAUCACAAGCGCUGUGCCUUUAAGAUCCCGAAUAACUGCAGCGGGGUGAGGAGGCGUCGCCCGUCCAACGUCUCCCUGACGGGGGGGCUGGUCAACAUCGGCCGCCCCCUCUCUGCCGAGCCCUCACCCCCCCACUACACCGACGAUGCUUUACUGUCUCCAGUCAGUCCGAGCAUGGAGCAGAAGAACCAGUUGGAUUACUUCCCCGGCAGAGAGCGCCGCUCCAGCUCCCAGUCGUACAUCGGACGUCCCAUCGAGCUGGACAAGAUCCUGUUGUCGAAGGUCAAAGUUCCCCACACCUUCCUCAUCCACUCGUACACCCGACCCACCGUCUGCCAGCACUGCAAGAAGCUGCUGAAAGGCCUGUUCAGGCAGGGGCUGCAGUGUAAAGAUUGUAAAUUCAACUGUCACAAACGAUGUGCUCCCAAAGUGCCCAACAACUGUCUGGGAGAAGUUUCUAGAAAUGGAGAGCUCCUGAGCCCGGGGGCGGAGUCGGACGUCGUCAUGGUGGAAGGUUGCCUGGACGACCACGACGUGGACAGAAGCGGCGGCCUGUUGGACGACAUGGAUGAUGCACUGACAUCAGAGGGGGGGCUGUUGCUGGAGGCGGGGCCCAGCGACCUCUGCGACCUGCACGACCCCGACCUGGACGACUCCAACCGGGCCAUCAGCCCGUCCACCAGUAACAACAUCCCUCUGAUGCGAGUCGUUCAGUCCGUCAAACACACGAAGAGGAAGAGCAGCAACGUGAUGAAGGAGGGCUGGAUGGUCCACUACACCAGCAAGGACACUCUGAGGAAAAGACAUUACUGGCGGCUGGACAGUAAAUGCAUCACGCUGUUUCAGAACGACACCGGAGGUAAAUACUACAAGGAGAUCCCUCUGUCAGAGAUCUUGUCUCUGGAACCGGCCCAGACCUUCUCUCUGCUUCCCGAUGGAGCCAAUCCUCACUGCUUUGAGAUUGCCACGGCGUCGCUGGUCUACUACGUCGGCGAGAACCUGCAGAGAGCCGAGUCGUCCGUGACCGGCAGCAGCAUUCUGGUCAGUGGCGUGGGGCAGGAUGUGGCUCGGAUGUGGGAGAUGGCCAUCCAGCACGCUUUGAUGCCAGCUGUUUCCACAGGAAUUUCCCAUAGUUCUCACCGCAGUGGACACAAGGAAGUUUCCAUCAGUAUCUCUGUCUCCAACUGCCAGAUCCAGGAGAAUGUGGACAUCAACUCCGUGUACCAGAUCUUCCCUGACGAGGUUCUGGGCUCAGGACAGUUCGGCAUCGUCUACGGAGGUAAACACAGGAAGUCUGGCCGCGACGUCGCCAUCAAGAUCAUUGAUAAACUCCGCUUCCCCACCAAACAGGAGAGUCAGCUGCGCAACGAAGUGGCCAUCCUGCAGAGUCUGCACCACCCGGGCGUGGUCAACCUGGACUGCAUGUUUGAGACGCCGGAGCGAGUGUUCGUCGUCAUGGAGAAGCUUCAUGGAGACAUGCUGGAGAUGAUCCUGUCCAGUGAGAAGGGGCGGCUGCCGGAGAGGAUCACCAAGUUCCUCGUCACGCAGAUCCUCGUGGCUUUACGUCACCUUCACUUCAAGAACAUCGUCCACUGUGACCUGAAACCUGAGAACGUCCUGCUGGCUUCUGCAGACUCCUUCCCACAGGUGAAGCUUUGUGACUUUGGUUUCGCUCGGAUCAUCGGUGAGAAGUCGUUCAGGCGUUCAGUGGUCGGCACGCCGGCGUACCUCGCUCCAGAGGUCCUCAGGAACAAAGGCUACAACCGCUCCCUGGACAUGUGGUCGGUCGGAGUCAUCAUCUACGUCAGCCUCAGCGGGACGUUCCCUUUCAAUGAAGACGAAGACAUCAACGAUCAGAUCCAGAACGCUGCCUUCAUGUACCCUCCUCACCCCUGGAAGAAAGUCUCCCAGGAAGCGAUCGACCUGAUCAACAACCUGCUGCAGGUGAAGAUGAGGAAGAGAUACAGCGUCGACAAGACCCUCAGUCACCCCUGGUUACAGGACUACCAGAUGUGGCUGGACCUGAGGAACCUGGAGUCCCGCAUGAACGAGCGCUACAUCACCCACGAGAGCGACGACCUGCGCUGGCAUCACCACGCCCAGCUCAGCGGCCUCGACUACCCGCCGCACCUCGCCAACGGUCCUCACCCCGCACAGGGGGUGGAGCGUUACCAGGAGCGAGAGGAGGAGCUGGAGACCCUCAGUGAGAGGGUCAGUGAACUCUGAUGACGUGGCCUCGUGUGAAGAGACAGAACCAACAAAAGCACAAAAUGAAAACAGGUAGUUCUGCUUAUUAAAAAAGAAAACAGCUUUUAAAAACACGUCGCGAUCGUAAUCAUUAACGCAAAUUCAACCGAUCUCUGUGAUUCUGUGCCACUUUCCAUUUUUGUCCAAUCAUCGCAACUUUUCUGCAAAAGUUUCCCUCCAGUUGAACCAAUCAGAACAGUCCCUGAUCCAAAUAUCUACAGUCACGUGAUCGUGUUGAUGUUUAUCUACAUCUGAAGAUCCGGUCGUCACUAAAGAGUCAUGUUGACAUUUAAGGUGUGUGUACUGAUUUCCAAACGUCAAUCACGCAUCAAGUAACGCUCAAGAAAACAUUCCACCUUAAAAGAUGGCGGCAGCUGCUGCAGCCUCUGAGCUGCUCAGUCAAUUAAUCUGUUAAAGAUAAAAAGACAGAAAAGUUUCUCUAAGCUGUAAAUUGAUAAGUUGAUGAGGUGAUACCUGUGAUGCAGAGGAGCAGGUGCUGGGUCGACCUGGGUUUAUUCUCCCUGGUACAAGUCGAAUUAUUAUUAUUAUAAUUAUUAUUGUUUUUAAUGAAAAACUAAAACUGUAACUAAACUAAAAUCUGGUUGGCCACAGAAAAGCAACAUCAGCGUUUAUCUUCAGGCCUGACUGCGAGUUUUUUUGAGUUGUGUUUAUUAUUCAAAGCUAUAAAUGUUUUCUGUUCUUUUUUUUUUAUAUUUUGAUUGAAACUUUAUUGAGGACGUCUGACGUUCACAGUACAAACAGAGUUCCUGCUGUUUUCCUUUGUGGAGCAGCAGUGAGUCAGGGUUUCAUUCCAAAAGGAGAUAUCCAAAAUAAUGAUGUUCAUGAGUCGCCAUGGCAACGGACGACUCUGAGGUGUUUUUCUGUUUAUGGAUAUGAAAAUCCUCAAUCGCUCAAAUAUCAGUGCCAAUAAAAAAAACACACAAAAAACGCCA